AUGGAUACGUACUUCAAGAUGCAAUGCGCACGAGAAGAGCUUCAGCGACUCGAUAUAGAGAUCAAGAGAAUGGUCAUGUACCUUCGAGAUGAGGACCUAUACCUGCGCGAGUGUGAAAAACAACUCCAAACCAUCCAUCCUGCACUUGCAUAUCAAGUUGGCGUCCAUCAUAACAAUUUCGCUCACUUCACUGAACAUCAUUUUCGCCGUCUAGUCAGCAUAAGCAAGUUACAUGGCUUUACAGGAUCACUGUCACCUGGGGUCAGCAGCGGAGAAUCACCUGGGGCAAGUGGCAGUGCACCUGCUGUGUGUAUCCCUGCUCGUCUGCUGGUCCCAGUGGUUCCUGUCAUUACAGAAAACGUGGAAGAUGGUAUAGCGGAUCUGGAUGACGAGGAGGGUGCGGAAGUUGAUGGGGAAGAGCAGUCGCACAUUCUUGAGGACAUUCUCCAGGUUACCUUUGAUGUUUAA